AAAAUCAGAUUUCAGCCUCCUCGUUUCUUCACCAGGAGAAAUCUCUCCACUGGAUCUCUCUCUCUGCAGCACUUUCGCUUGAAGAAGACGAAACAUUAUCUCUCUCUGGUCUCCACCUCGCAGCUAAACAAAAGGAGAGAGAGAGAGAGAGAGAGAGAGAGCACAAUGCCUUUUUCUGUCUCCAACCAUGUGAGGUUCCACUGACACAUUCUCUGCAUCUUCUUCGCCGUCCUUCCGAAGUUUUGUUCGAUUCUUCUUCUUCUUCUUUUCCUCCUCCUCCUCUUUCGAUUGGCUAGCGAGUCUCCGAGUUGAUCGAGUUCCGAGGCGCCGGAUGGCCUCAUCGUCAUCCAGAGCGAGGAGCAGUUCACCGUUCUCGUACCGGAGACCGCCGAGCCCCUACUCAUCGGCUUCGUCGACUUCUUCUUCCUACAUGAGCAACCGUCUCAUUCCGCGCUCGUGCUCUACCGCUGCUUCUUCCUUCUUCAACUCCGGUGGCGGAAUCGGGUCUCGAUCUAUGACGCCUAGUCGUAGCCGCUCUGACUCGGCGUUCCUCGGGGCUGGGGGCUACGGAGAUCGAUCGCCUGUCCCUUACCCAUCGGACGAGCUCCUCGGCGAGCCUAUGGAGACUACGAGUUCUGAGCGGGAUAGUAUUUCCGUCACUGUUCGGUUUCGACCAAUGAGUGAGAGAGAGUAUCAAAGAGGGGAUGAGGUUGCUUGGUAUCCAGAUGGGGAUAAGAUUGUCAGGCACGAGUACAAUCCAGUCACAGCUUACGCAUUUGAUAAAGUUUUUGGACCACAAGCAAUCACUCCAGAGGUAUAUGAGGUAGCUGCAAAGCCUGUAGUCAAAGCAGCUAUGGAAGGUGUAAAUGGAACCGUUUUCGCUUAUGGUGUUACAAGCAGUGGAAAGACACAUACAAUGCACGGGGAUCAAAACUCUCCUGGGAUCAUACCAUUGGCAAUAAAGGACGUAUUCAGCAUUAUCCAAGAUACUCCAGGACGAGAGUUCCUCCUCCGUGUUUCAUAUCUUGAAAUAUAUAAUGAGGUGAUAAAUGAUUUGCUUGAUCCAACUGGCCAAAAUUUACGUGUCAGAGAGGAUUCUCAGGGAACUUAUGUAGAGGGUAUAAAGGAAGAAGUCGUUUUAUCUCCUGGACAUGCAUUAUCUUUCAUUGCAGCUGGGGAAGAGCAUCGUCAUGUUGGUUCAAAUAACUUCAAUCUGUUGAGCAGUAGAAGUCACACUAUAUUUACGCUGAUGAUUGAAAGUAGUGCUCACGGGGAUGAGUAUGAUGGAGUUAUUUUUUCUCAGCUUAAUUUGAUUGACUUGGCUGGAUCUGAGAGUUCCAAAACUGAAACAACUGGACUGAGGAGAAAGGAGGGUUCCUACAUCAACAAAAGUCUUCUGACUCUUGGAACUGUGAUUGGAAAACUGAGUGAGGGCAAGGCAACUCAUAUUCCAUAUCGUGACUCGAAGCUAACCCGUCUUCUGCAAUCUUCCUUGAGUGGGCAUGGACAUGUGUCGCUCAUAUGUACAGUUACUCCUGCUUCAAGCAGUAUGGAAGAAACUCAUAAUACAUUGAAAUUUGCCAGCAGGGCAAAGAGGGUUGAGAUUUAUGCUUCACGUAAUAAGAUUAUAGAUGAAAAAUCAUUGAUAAAGAAGUAUCAGAGAGAAAUCUCAAACCUCAAACAAGAACUUGAUCAGCUAAGGAGGGGUAUGCUUGCUGGUGUCAGUCAUGAAGAGAUAAUGAUCUUAAGGCAGCAGUUGGAAGAAGGCCAAGUGAAAAUGCAGUCAAGAUUAGAGGAAGAAGAAGAAGCCAAAGCAGCUUUGAUGAGCAGAAUCCAAAAGCUUACGAAGCUCAUACUUGUCUCCACGAAGAAUUCUGUACCUGGAUGUUCAGGUGAUGUGCCAACCCACCAGCGUAGCCAUUCUGCUGGUAAAGAUGAUAAGUUAGAUUCUCUGCUCUUGGAUAAUGAAAAGUUGUCAUCUCCUUCUAUGGCCCUGGCUCUACCAUUAGAUGCUUCCUUUGAUCAUAGGCACCGACGGUCUUCCAGCAAGUUGAAUGAAGAAAACUCUCCAGCCGGUUCUGGGACAGAAUUAACUCAAGGUGGCAUUACAUCUGAUGAAAUGGACCUCCUAGUUGAGCAGGUUAAGAUGCUUGCUGGUGAGAUAGCAUUCAGCACAAGCACAUUAAAGCGUUUGGUGGAUCAAUCUGUAAAUGAUCCUGAAAACUCACAAACCCAAAUCCAGAAUUUGGAACGAGAGAUUCAAGAAAAGCAAAGACAAAUGAGGGUUUUGGAACAGCGUAUAAUUGAAAGUGGUGAAGCUUCAAUUGCUAAUGCAUCAUUGGUUGAGAUGCAACAGAAAGUUAUGACAUUGAUGACCCAGUGCAAUGAAAAGAGCUUUGAGCUGGAGAUCAAAUCGGCGGAUAAUCGCAUUCUCCAGGAUCAACUACAGAAAAAGUGUGCUGAGAACAAUGAAUUGCAAGAGAAGGUUAAACUUCUCGAGCAACGGUUGAAUGCUCUAUCCAAUGAGAAAUCCUCACCAUCGUCUUCUGGAAGCGCUGUAUCUGGAGAGUAUGUGGAUGAGCUGAAACAGAAAAUACAGACUCAGGAGAUUCAAAACGAGAAAUUGAAGCUAGAGCAUGUACAGAUUGUGGAAGAGAACAGUGGGUUGCGAGUGCAAAAUCAAAAACUAGCAGAAGAAGCUUCAUAUGCUAAGGAACUGGCAUCUGCUGCUGCUGUUGAGCUAAAGAAUUUGGCUGGAGAAGUAACAAAGCUUUCACUACAAAACACGAAGCUAGAAAAAGAACUAGCAACUGCUAGAGAUCUGGCUCAUGCACGAAACACUGUUAACGGUGCAAACCGCAAGUAUAACGAUGGAACGAGACCUGGGAGAAAGGUCAGACUCUCAGGUCGAUCCACUGAAAUAAAUGGGCUGGUAGGAGAUGACUUUGACUCGUGGAGUCUCGAUCCAGAAGAUAUGAAAAUGGAGUUGCAGGCGAGGAAACAACGAGAGGCAGCUCUGGAGGCCGCAUUGGCAGAGAAAGAGUUCAUAGAAGACGAGUAUAGAAAAAAGAUGGAAGAAGCAAAGAGAAGAGAGGAGGUUCUGGAAAACGAUUUGGCUAACAUGUGGGUACUUGUUGCCAAAUUGAAGAAAGAUGGCGGUGCCUUGCCAGAGCUGAAGAAGACUGAUGAGAGAUGGCCGAAUGGUACAGACACCGUAAAAGAAGCGAAAGCAAAAGAAUUAGAGAACGCUUAUAGCAACAAUACAGUCCUGAAAGAGCGACAAGUGUCAGAUACUCCGAAAGAAUCCGAAGAAGUUGUAGCAGUCAAGGCCAACGAGGCACCAAAAGAGGAGCCUCUUGUUGCUCGUUUGAAGGCAAGGAUGCAAGAGAUGAAGGAGAAAGAGAUGAAAUCCCAUGGAAACGGGGACGCAAACUCUCACAUGUGUAAAGUCUGUUUCGAGUCGCAAACUGCAGCAAUUCUACUCCCAUGCCGCCAUUUCUGCCUUUGUAAAUCUUGUUCCCUCGCUUGCUCGGAGUGCCCGAUUUGCCGCACAAAGAUAUCUGAUCGGUUGUUUGCAUUCCCGUCUUGACCCCUCGGCAACUAAGGGUCCCGAAACAGUGUGGUCUGGUCUGGUCUGCUGCCUGUCGCUAUUUUCCGAAAGGGCAGGUUCGGAUUCUUUUGUUGACUUGUUUCGGCUUUUGUACGUAUGUGUUGUCAUAAUAUUGAAGAAAAGGGUAUAUAUACGUGGAUAGUUCCUGUAUUUCCCGUCCUAAAAGGGGCAAUAAUAUUAGGUUGAUUUUUACGAAAUGCAAAAAAAAAAAUAACAUUUCAUUUUCCGAA